UCAUGUAUAGGAAUAAUGUUUAACUGAUUAUGACAUAACUUCUUCAUUUUUUAAAUCUUUAGUGGGAAAACAUGAAAGUGAACAGGAACCAUCAGGAAGACACAGUCCUAAUGGGGACCGUCCAAACAUGUCCACACUCAGGAUGGUGCUGGUAGGGAAAACUGGAGCUGGUAAAAGUUCUUCAGGAAACACCAUCCUGGGCAGGAAAGCCUUCAGAGCUGCCCAGAGUGGAUCAUCUAUAACUAAAGAGUGCUGGAAGGAGACUGGAGAUGUAGCUGGGAGGGAGCUGUUGCUGGUGGACACUCCUGGACUGUUUGAUACAGAAUAUUCUGAGAAAGAGCUGAAACAGGAGAUCAGUAAGUGCAUUAACAUGACGGCUCCAGGACCCCACGCCAUCAUCCUGGUCAUUUCACUCGGCCCCUUCACAGAGGAGGAACGUCUCUCAGUGGAGAAGAUCAGAGCCCUUUUUGGAGAAGAAGCAGAUAAACACACCAUGAUCCUCUUUACACAUGGUGAUGACCUGAGCUGCACGAUUGAAGAGUACCUCAGUAGCGCUACCGAGCCCCUCAAAGACCUGAUUAGCCGAUGUGGACAGAGAUAUCACGUCUUUAACAAUAAAGAAGUGCAGGACCGCAUACAGGUUCUGGAGCUCUUGGAGAAAGUAGACAGCAUGAUUUUAGCAAAUAAUAACAAGUUCUACACCAGUGAGAUGUACAGAGAGGUGGAACAGAGGCUGAAGAUGAGGGAAGAUGAACUGAGGAAGUUCUACGAGCAGAAACUACAUGAGCAACAACUGGAACUAGAGGCCAAAUUUCAGGAAGAAAAGAGGAAACUGCAGGAGAACCUCGAUGUCUUAAAAGAAUCUGUGGAAGAGAAGGAGAAGAAGAUCAAACAGCUGCAGCAUCUGGUCACCCGGAAUAACCAAAUACUGACCGAGUAUAAAAGAUAUUAUGAGCACAAACUUAAUGCAGUGAGACAGGAAGCAGAACAAAGUCAGUUCAAUGAGGAAAUACUGAAACGUGUCUUACACGAGCUCAAAUGUUGGAGUGUGAAAUAUAAACAGCUCUUCUACAGUCUGAUGAAGAUGGGUCACAUCAGUAAGAUGUCACCACCACAGUUUAAUUUCAUCUUGUUGGGAAAAUCAGGUUCAGGUAAAAGUGCAACAGGAAACACCAUAUUAGGACGAAGAGCUUUCACCUCAAAGAAAAGUCAAACCUCUGUCACUAAACAUGUUCAGAUGGAACAUGGUACAGUUUCUGGUCUCCCAGUGACUGUUUAUGACACUCCAGGGUUCUGUAACACUGAGCUGAGAGAUGAUCAGGUCAUACAGGAAUGUCAGAAGGUCUUCAGCUCAUGUGAGUCAGAAUCAGACUUCUGUACAUAUCUACUGGUCAUCAGGGCAGAUAGAUUUACUGAGGAACAGCAGAAAGCUGUGCAGAAAACUGAGCUUCUGUUAGGACCACAGCGUCUGGAAAAGACCUGGAUCCUCUUCACUGGAGGAGAUGAACUAGAGGAAGAGGAACAGACCAUAGAGGAGUUCAUCAUUAAUACAGAAUCUCUGAAGGAGCUGAUGAAGAGAUACAGUUACAGAUACCACGUCUUCAACAACAAUAUAAAAAGUGACCAAUUUAAAAAACUUCUGGUGAAAGUGAGCAAGAAAUUAUUUAAUACUGCAUCACAUUUGCGAAGAACCAGAACACGAAAAAUAACAACACCACCACCACCACUGACCACCAGGAGCGGCUCUGACCUGAGGAUUGUGCUGUUAGGGAAAACUGGAUGUGGGAAGAGCGCUACAGGAAACACCAUCCUGGGAGAGAAGACAUUCAGAUCUAAAUUCAGCAUGAACUCUAUCACCAGCAAGAGUGAAGCUCAUCAUGUCCAUGUUGAGGACAGGAAGGUGUGUGUGGUCGAUACUCCAGGUCUCUUUGACACAUCUGCUGAUCCUGAAGAAACAGCUUCUGAGAUAGAGAGGAGUAUCUAUUUGUCCAGUCCAGGACCUCACGCUUUCCUCAUUGUUCUGCCACUGAAUAUGAGGUUCACAGAUCAGGAAAAACAAAUUAUUCAGCUAAUAGAAAUGUUAUUUGGAGAUGAAGUGAGGAAAUACGCAAUGGUUCUCUUCACCCAUGGAGACCUGUUAGAUGGAGAAAAUGUAGAGACACUCAUUAAAGAGAACAAGGCUUUAAGUGACCUUGUCCAGCAGUGUGGAGGUGGAUAUCAUGUGUUUAAUAAUAAAGAGCUGAGAAACAGAGAGCAGGUCAGUGAGCUACUGCAGAAGAUAGACAGGAUGGUGGAGAGGAACGGAGGAACCUGUUUCUCUAAUGAGAUGUUUGAGGACGCAGCCAGACUCAGACAGGAGGAGGAGGAGAGGGUGAGGAGAGAGGAAGAGGAAAGAAAACAGAGAGUGGAAGAAAAAGUAAAGAGAGUGGGAGAGGAAAUAAAACGGAGAGAGGAAGAUGAAAGAAAACCGAGAGAGGAAGCAGAUAGACCGGAAGCAGAAGAAAAUGUAAAGAGAGAGGGAGAAAAAAUGAUAACACAGGAACCAGAGGCACGAAUGGGAGAGCAAACUGGUGUGGUUCACAAGUCUAUGCAGGAUGCAGGGGGAAAUCCUAUCUCAGGUUUCCAUAGUUUUGAAAUGAAAUAUUGGAAAUGGAUUCUCUCGGGUCUUAUUAUUGGUGCCUGUUUAGGUGCUGGUAUUGCUUUUUAUGCUGGUUCUACUGUUGGUGCUACUUUUGGUCUUGCUGCUGUUGGUGCUGCUGUUGGUGCUGGUGUUGGUGCUGGUGUUGGUGCUGAUGUUGGUGCUGCUAUAUGCAAAGUUAUUAAUUGUUGGUCUGAUCCUAAAAAAAUAAAAAGUACAUGAUCUGAAAUAAGACUUGUGAUUAGAAUGUACACCAGACCUGGUUGCUCUGUCUGAAUUAUUCUCUCAUAUUAAAUCAGAUUUCAUUUAGAUUGUUAUACUGAAUUCUACAAAUCCUGUCUAAAUCACCAAUAACCUGUAAAAUGUAUAAUCCUGUUUACUGUAAUGAAAUGUGUUAGUGAACACUGUAGAGUUCAUAUAUAUAGUCUUUAUAUAAUCAGUGAGAAUAAUAAUAAUAGGUGUUUAUGUGUGAGUAGAAUCUAUAUUGUGUUUCUUUUCCUCAGCUGUGCAGUGGCAGGAUUACGGCCAGUGUACAGAACAGAAUCAUUUUAAAUCUGUAUCUUAAUAAAUGUGUCAAGUCUCUCAACAUGAUGUGUACAAAUGAUGUGUGCACUAAUAAAACAUUACUGUCAGUA